GUAAAGAGGGAGAGGUGGAGGAAGGGGGCGGGGCCACAAGCCAACGGGGAGGAGGCAACGACGCCUGCGCAGUGUGUCUGGGAUGGCGCAUUUUCUUGCAACGAGUAAUGCGGCGUUGCUGGCGGCGUUGCUGGCGGCUGAGGAGGGCGGAGAGUUCUGUGGUGAAGUAGGAGGAGGGAUUCAUGUAGGUUUCGGAAAGAGCCUUGACCUGAACUACAAAGAGGGAAGUUGAUGCUGGAUACUUCUACUCCUGGACUGGCAGAGUGAAGUAGUGAGAUCACCGUGGAACCGUGAGCAGCGACGGCGGUGAUCAGCUUUGAAAUUUGAAAACAAUGGAGAAGGCUCAAGAAAAUGUCCAAAGAAUUCUUCUAGAGCCCUACAGGUACUUACUUCAGUUACCAGGUAAGCAGGUGAGAACAAAACUUUCACAGGCAUUUAAUCACUGGCUGAAAGUUCCAGAAGACAAACUACAGAUUAUCAUUGAAGUGACAGAAAUGUUGCAUAAUGCCAGUUUACUCAUUGAUGAUAUUGAGGACAAUUCAAAACUCCGCCGUGGCUUUCCCGUAGCACACAGCAUCUAUGGGAUUCCAUCCGUCAUCAAUUCUGCCAAUUAUGUAUAUUUUCUUGGCUUAGAGAAAGUCUUAACCCUUGAUCACCCAGAUGCAGUGAAGCUUUUUACAUGCCAGCUUUUGGAACUCCACCAGGGACAAGGCCUAGAUAUUUACUGGAGGGAUAAUUACAUUUGUCCCACUGAAGAAGAGUAUAAAGCCAUGGUGCUGCAGAAGACAGGUGGACUGUUUGGAUUGGCAGUAGGUCUCAUGCAGUUGUUCUCUGAUUACAAAGAAGAUUUAAAACCACUGCUUAAUACACUUGGGCUCUUUUUCCAAAUUAGAGAUGAUUAUGCCAAUCUCCACUCCAAAGAAUAUAGUGAAAACAAAAGUUUUUGUGAAGAUCUGACAGAAGGAAAGUUCUCAUUCCCUACUAUUCAUGCUAUUCGGUCAAGGCCUGAAAGCACCCAGGUGCAGAACAUCUUGCACCAGAGAACAGAAAACAUAGAUAUUAAAAAAUACUGUGUCCAGUAUCUUGAGGAUGUAGGUUCUUUUGAAUAUACUAGGAAUACUCUUAGACAGCUAGAAUCUGAAGCGUAUAAACAAAUUGAGGCAUGUGGUGGAAACCCUGAACUAGUAGCUUUAGUAAAGCACUUAGGAAAGAUGUUCAAAGAAGAAAAUUAAUAAUAUUAAGCCAUUCUUGAUUGGUACAUACAGCUUUUAGUUAUUUUUUGUCUUUUAACCUAUCAGCUUUUCACAAAUUUGUACUAAACUUUUAAUCUCCAAAAACAGAGAAAAGAGUGAGAUGAGUGAAAUUAUUUCAGUGUAGAAAACUAUCCAUACAUAAUACUAUAAAGUCAAAAGGAGC